AUGCGCCCUAUCCUUCUUUCCGGCCACGAGCGCGCGCUCACCCAGGUCAAGUACAGCCCGGAUGGCGACAUCAUCUUCUCCGUGUCCAAGGACCAUGUAGUUUGCGCAUGGUUUUCGCACAACGGUGAACGGUUAGGCACAUAUCACGGCCACCAGGGUGCGCUCUGGACUGUCGAUGUCGAUCCUACCUCGACCCUUUUGGCGACCGGCGGCGCAGACAACACGAUGAGGUUAUGGAAGGUCGAGACUGGCGAGCUGCUGAUGACUUGGGAUUUCCCGACGGCCGUCAAGCGCGUGGAAUUCUCUCCGGACGGGAGACAACUAUUGGGUGUCACGGAGAAGCGGUCAGGCCACCUGGGUACCAUUGUUGUUUUCGAUAUCAACCCCGACCCCGCAGCCAAGCAGUCAAAGGAGCACAGCCUGCGGAUAGUCUGCGAAGAUAGCAAGGCCACCGUCGCCGGCUUCAGCUAUUUGGCGCGCUACAUCAUUGCGGGCCACGAAGAUGGCUCAGUCUCGCAGUUCGACGCCAAGACCGGAGAGUUGCUCUUCAACACCCAAGCGCACGAGGAGGAUAUGCAGGUUACGGAUCUGCAGUGGUCCCAGGAUCGGACGUACUUCAUCACGGCAUCUAAAGACAAGACGGCAAAGAUUCUUGCGGCCGACAGCCUCGAAGUGCUCAAGACGUACACCGCCGAUACCCCCCUGAACAGCGCUGCGAUCACACCGGUCAAGGACUAUGUCAUUCUGGGUGGUGGUCAGGCAGCCAUGGAUGUCACGACAACGAGCGCCAGACAAGGCAAGUUCGAGGCAAGGUUCUACCACAAGAUCUUCCAAGAGGAGAUUGGCCGUGUCAGGGGCCAUUUCGGACCAUUGAACUACGUAGCCGUGCACCCAGCCGGCACGGGCUACUGCAGCGGCGGCGAGGACGGCUACGUGCGCGUGCACCAUUUCGACAAGCCGUACUUUGACUUCAUGUACGAGGUGGAGCGCGAGUAUGCGCAGGCUCAGGCGCAGGCGAAUCUGUGAUUGUUCGUUUCAUUGUCCAACGAUGCAUGCAAAGGCGUUCCGGUAGGGUCGAGCGGGUUCGGGCAUAGAGUCCAAGUUUCAAAGUCUUCAAAAAAGAGGGAGAAGCGCAGCUCUCUGGAUACCUUUCGGUAGCUAUGAGAAAGAGGGCUCAGGACUUGGAUGAUAGAUACCUUAUCUGCUCCUUCUUCGUUUCUGUUUUGGUUCUUGCUGUGUCUGGCACGUAGAUAGCUCAUUGGUGGAGGGAGCGGGCUCGGCAGGGGCAGGGGCAGGGCUUCCCACUCUCCAACUCAUGGACUUGUCUCCCUCGCCCCUCCACAACACCACACGUUUCUGGAAACACAUUUCCUUGGUCCUGGACCACAUACUGAUACAGGAUGUUACUGGUA